UAUCUUCAUGGAUUUAAGAUGGGGUGACCCGUUCCAUAUCGUGUCAGGAUGGACCGCGUCUCCUAUAAUUUUCCAUCGUUCUAUAUGUAGUACCAACAAUUGGGAAGAUCACCAUGAAUCCGAUUGUCAUGGCAGCAACCGACCCAGUCAAGAUACUAGAGAUUUGCCGAGUCACUCCUUCUGACGCACCUGAGUCAGCUACUGAGUUAUCUCUCCCUCUCACCCACUUCGACAUCUUUUGGCUCAAACAACACCCAACUGAGCGUAUCUUUUUCUAUGAGCUCACUGAUUCAACCCACACAUUUUUCCACUCAGUGAUCGUCGCUAAACUUAAAGCCUCUCUCUCCCUUACACUCCUCCACUUUCUCCCUCUCGCUGGAAACAUCUUGUGGCUCCCACACGCCGCCAUGCCAGCCAUCUGCUACUACCCAAACGACGAUGUUUUGGUCACAGUUGCCGAGUCUAAUGCGGACUUCACUCUUGUUUCUGGCAACCAAAUGCGUGAAGUCAUGGAGUCAAAACUUUAUAUUCCAGAGUUGCCUGUAUCGGAUUCAACAGCGGCAACUAUAGCCUUCCAAAUAACACUAUUUCCAAAUCAAGGCUUUUCCAUUGGUAUCUCUUCCCACCAUGCUAUCUUUGACGGCAAAAGUGUGAUCAUGUUUAUGAAAGCAUGGGCUUACAUAUGCAAACAGAGCGAAACGGAGACCAACCCAUCUUUAUUACCUGAGCUAAUUCCGGUUCUCGAUCGAAGUCUCAUUCAGGACCCAGAAGGUCUUUCCAUGAUUUACUUGAACAACUGGUUGGAAGCCAAAUUGCCAGGUUUGAAUACCAUUAAUCCUAAGAGUUUAAAGCUAUUUCAGGGUAAAGGAGUUCCACCCAACUCAGUACGAUCAACGUUCGAGUUGUCUCGCGAAGAUAUACAGAAACUGAGGCGAAAGGUAAUCUAUCAAUUGGAAGGCCUCCAUGAAGAAGAUUCGAAUCAAAUUAAAUCAGCGCAUUUUUCAACUUUUGUUCUCUCAUUUGCUUAUACUUUGGUUUGUAUCGUGAAAGCGCGAAUGGCCGAAAGGAACAGAAAGAUUGUUUUUGUAUUCGUAGCAGAUUGUAGAGCCCGUUUGGACCCUCCAAUACCUGCCAAUUAUUUUGGUAACUGUGUCAAAGGCAUCCGUAUAUUUACAGAAGCAGAAACUCUUCUUGGAGAUGAUGGGGUUGCCUUUGCUGCAGAGAAGCUUAGCGAGCGGAUAAAAGGGUUAGAGAAAGGAGUGAUAAGCGAAAGAGAGAAGGAAAGGCUUGCAAUCUAUUUGGAAGUUAUGGGGGCAGGAGGUACAGCAAUAGGCAUUGGGGUUGCUGGGUCACCUCGAUUCGAGGUUUAUGGGACAGAUUUUGGGUGGGGAAAGCCAAAGAAGGUGGAAAUUACAUCCAUAGAUAGGGGGGAAUCCAUUUCCUUAACGGAGAGCAAAGACGGGAGUGGCGGAGUUGAGGUUGGUUUAGUUCUAAAGAAGCAUGAGAUGGAGAGAUUUGAUUCGGUGUUUGUCAAUGGUCUAAGAAACCUAUGAGUUAAUUAACUCUCUCUCUCUCUAUUGUUGUAGAGAGAGAAAGUUCUUUCAUUUUUCCUUUCUUUUCAUCUAGGAGACCAGCUCCUUUCUUUACCGUUAGUGGCUGUCCCUUGCUCCAUUCGGGCAGGGGUUUCUUCCCUCCCUACCCAAAUAGUUGUUUUUUAGUUUUGUUUUGGGUUGUUUGCCCAUCCUUUCAUGGAGAGGGAACCCAAUGGAAGAUUGUCUCUGUGGUGGUUUAUUACAUGCAGAGGGUUCCUCAGUGGGGAGUCUUCGGCAACCCUCAGUUUGCUGUCUUGAUGCUAGAUAGAUUUCUUUAUGUCCUCAUUUGAGCUUCAUUAUGCUAAAUAUUAAUGGUGUGAGGCUUCCUAUAAUAGCUUUUCUAGUUGUUGACAUCGGUGAAGGAUGGUCCAAGCUUGGAGAAGCAGGCGAUUAGGGUUUCUCUUUUGGAAGAGAUAGUCUUCCGGAUCCUGUACUUGGGUCGAGUCUUCGUAGUUGUAAGAGUAUAUUGUAUGGUUUUGAGCCUUAAUUUUGGACAGUGUAUCUUUAACUUAAUUGGGAGCCUUUUUUUAAUAGUAAGUCUAGGCCUGAACUUCCUUUGUUAGCCUAUGUAUUGCCCUUUCUUGUAUAAGCUUAAUGUUUAAUGAAUUCCAACCUAUCUUUUU